GUGUGACGGGAACCACCCCGUUGGGUCCAUCCAUAAGAAGGAGCUUCCCGACUUUGGGAACGGGAAGACAGAAAGGAGACCUCGGACACCAAACGGGCCGGAUCGGACCCCGGGGGAAAUGCAGGCAGGGAUGCAAGAAUGCACGGAGCUGGAAUGGGCCGUCCAGGUCCUGGUGAACAACUUUGACAAAUACUCGAGCCGCCGGUGCUGCUGCAAGAAGCCGCGGCGCAUCAGCAAGAAGGAAUUCCGCAAGAUGCUGAGCUGCGAGCUCAACCACAUGCUGACGGACACUGGGAACCGCCGCGCCGCUGACAAACUCAUCUGUGACCUGGAUGAGAACAAGGACGGGCGCAUCAGCUUCGAGGAGUACUGGACCUUGAUAGGUGGCAUUGCCAGCCCCAUUGCCCAGAUCAUCCGCCAGCAGGAGAUGAGCGUCAAGCUCACCAAGUAGCCCGUGGCUACCACACCGGACCCACCCCGGGCUCCCCUCCCCAGGUCCCUACUUCUCCACUGCUCCCCACUUCUCCCCUCUUCCCCGCCCUGAGCCCAAACUCCUCCUGGGAGCACCUUGUUCUCCCUCAGGGGCACUCAAGUACCUCCCCAGGGCACCUUGGUGUCCUCCUUGAUCACCCUGAUUUCUCCCCAGGACACCCUGGUCUCUCUUGGGGGCACCUUGGUCUCCUUGAAGUCACCCUCAUCUCCCCCCCAGGACACACGGAUCUCCCUGGGGGCACCCUGGUCUCUCCUCCAGGCACUCCUGGGUCACCCGGGUCUCCUCCUAGGUCCCCUGGGUCUCCUCCUGGGUCACCCAGGUUUCCUCCUAGGUCACCCCAAUCUCCUCCCAGGUCACCCCAAUCUCCCUCCCAGGACACCCUGGUCUAUCCCUGGCUUUGCCAACUGAGCCAUUCUGGGGUGCAACCCUGGCUGAAGACCCUGAGGUGGGAGCUGGGGGGGGGGAAGUGUGAGGCCAUCCCAGCCCCAGGGGGAGGGGGGUCCCCUCCUUGCCCCCCAUCCUUGAGCAAGCCCAGCCCUGACUGGGCAAGAAGCAAAGGGAGAGGUUUCCCCUCAUCUAGGAC